CAAUGAGUAUUGAGACGGAGCCAUCACGUGCUUGACGUUGGUAUACAGUGUCAGUAUGGGUGGAGAAAGGACUGUUUGCUGUCCAGUUGAAUCAGUGUGUUGAAGAGUGUGUUGUGCAGCUGAGAGCAGAAGGAAUCUACACAACAUAAAGAUGGCAGCCCUUCAGUAAGAUGUUGGAAACAACUCUAAUCGGCAGAGAUCACCACAUUCACUUUCAUCCGACAAGACCAACCUGGACUGUUAAAUGCGCUCUCAAUACAAAAGGCUAAAAUGUUUGUGGUCGCCUUGGCAAGAUGUCUACAGAUCUGUAUGUCUUUGGUAAUGGUGUCCAGACUACAAGGCAGGGUCUCAGCUCCAGCACGUCUGGAGGCCAUGGUUGAACAGCCCUUUACUCUGAGCUGUACGCUUGUCAGGGCUAAAGGAGAAUCAAUUCAUCAGAUCCGCUGGCUGGAUGUGCAGAACCAAACGUUACUCAGUUACCAGCCUGGUCAACAAGACAGCGUGAGCGGUCAACAACAUGUGGAGCUAGUGGCCUCUCCACGGGAUGCCAGUGCCAUCACCAUCAAACGUGUCAGCUAUAGGGAUGAGGGCUGUUACACUUGCAUCUUUGAUGUUUAUCCAAGGGGCUCAAGGGAAGGACAGACCUGCCUUACUGUUACAGCAACGGUGAUAACAGAGGGCAAUAAGACUGCGGUGGGUGGUAAACAAGCCUCUCUGGUCUGUCGGUAUGCCCUGCCAGAGAAAGUCAAGCAGGUGUUGUGGAAGAAGAUUGUGAAUAAAGCAGAAUCCCGUGAAGUUGCAUUUUUUGCAAAGCAGAGUGACCCUGUAAUUGAAGAAGAGUUUGUGGACCGUGCGAGCUUGAACCCUUCCCUGUCUGACACAGAGCUCACUUUAUGGCCGGUCCGAGUUGAAGAUGAGGCCUGCUACAGCUGUGAGUUCCACACAUACCCGGAUGGCACAAAGAGUGCCACAAGUUGCCUUACUAUUUUUGUCCUACCAAAACCUCAAGUAAGCUACAAGACCGCAUCUCCUGGUGUGAUUGAGGCUAACUGCACUGCAGUCGCCAGGCCACAGGCUGAAAUAGUAUGGAACGUGGAGGAUAAUGACCGGAUCAUUGGUCAACCUCUGACGACCGCUAUCCAGCAGAGUGACGGGACGACUCUGGUCAUCAGUACAUUGACCAUCCAGGCUGGACUCCUGAAGGAUAUCUCUGUCAAAUGUCUUGUUCAUCAUAAAGGACUGGAGAAUGCCAUUGCUGUUUCCAUGAACACUAAAAUUGGGACAGCACUUACUAUCCUGAUCUCUGUGACUACAGUAGCGUUCCUUCUGGUCCUCUGCCUUUGUUUCUGUUUGUGGAAGUGUGUCCUGCGUAAGGAUGAGACUGAAGAGCAUCAAUUACGGAGAAGAGGCCGAGAAGACAGAGAAACAGACAGUUGAAUGUAGGUGUCUUCAGGAAGUGCAAAGCCUCUUCCUGUGACCUAUUUCUGCUUCCAUGUGAUUGCCUGGUCUGCCCUUUUAACACAAAUCCUUUAGACCUGAUCUAUUGAAAUGAGAAAUGAAUUAAGUUUUUAUUUAUUGUGUGUGAGUAUUUAACCUAGCAAUUGUUUUACAUAGUAACAUUUAUUAUUUAAAAAUUUUAUUUUUCAUAUUUCACAUUAUUCUCAUGGCUUCUCAUUGUCAGAUCAAGUUCUAAUUUUAAAACAUUUCCCAUAUUCUGACAUUCAUAUAAUUCUGGAAUUUAAAACAUAGUCAAGUUACAACUGUGAGGGUAUUGGGUUUAACAUGUAUAUUUUAACAAUUUAUGAUGUUACAGUCACUUCUGUGCUCGAUCAUGUUUCCACAGAGUGAAUAAUUUUGACCGCGGCAGGCGGACAUGCUGAGACACCUGUGAAUACGUAAAUCUCCUGUUAUCAUGUUCUGUGCUUUUCCAGCCAGUGACACAUCUCUACAUGAGAAAAGAUGCUACGUUCUGAACAAUUUGCAAAUCCAUCACUAAUAUGAAGUUUUCCGUAGAAGGCAUUUCAUCUCAACACAGAAGGAAAUUUAAUUAAGUUAGUAUUUGUCUGUUUUAAUACUGUUAUUUUACCCACCCAGAAGGCAUCCCGGACAGUAACAUAGUGUCGGCCCAGAUCCGGCCCACAUCUGGUACACUGGGAUUACACAUGGGCUGGAUCUGGGCAGACACUAUGUUACUGUCUGAAGCCCCAAAAGUAAAAGUACGAUAAAAACUUCUUAUAUUCUCUGAAAAAAAAUAUAAAUAAAUAACUAUCCACUCAAAAAAGUAUAAGAAAACUAGGGUAGAAUAAGGUUAGGGUGUGGCUGGAAGCCAAGCUCCACCCAUUAGUUCUGCAGUAAGCAGCUUUUGUACCGUGAAUUACACUCUCUUUUGAAAAAAGCAUUGUUAUAUCUUUUUUUUCAGUUUUCUAAAACUUGUAUCAUGAUCAAAUACAUAGUUUCUUAUUAUUUUGCUUUUGCUUUGUCCCUUCAUUUUUAAGGUGGACAUUCACACUGCCGAUGAAAGGAUGUAAGUCCAGUGAGGUAGACUAAACACUACACAGUUGUUUUUCACUCUAGUCUUUGGAUACUAUUAGGAAAUCGAUAAAUAUUUUAUAUCUCAUUCUUUUUUUGUUGUCGUUGUUGUCAUUAAAUGAUUAAGUAGACUGAACUAGAGAUUUAGAGACUAACUAGAGCUAUACAAUUGAAGUUCUUUGGUCUCUGAGUCCUGAGCAAUGGUGGGAAAACUAAACCAUGCUGGAGAUGCACUCAGAUAACACUGAGAGGUCAUGACAGCUUCUCCAAGCGUUUACUGUACCAGCGGAAAUGCAUUAUCUGCAGUCUGCUGUGGAAUUAAAUGGCUGACGAAAAUUGCAUUUUUGCUGGCUUCCUUUCUGGAAAAUCAUGUUGCUUUAAACAUGAGCAUAUGUGCAAGCCAGUGCAAUAACAACUGAUAAAAGGUGAACGAGUUUUAAUUCUGUUCCAUGUUUGUUGAAUAAUUUUGCCAUAUUCUUAAAAAUGUGAGAUUAUAGGCCGCACCUUUAAUUAGAAUGAAAGAAUUCACUCAGAAUUUUGUCUAUUCAACAAAUUAUGGAAUAAAGUAUUUUAUUUUCCUUUUGUGAUAUAUGGAUGUUGUAUUUAUUGUGUAAAUGAAUCUUGAAAUAAAUUUCUGUAUUAAGUUGACAUACAGUCAUCAUCAUUUGAAGUUAAUCAAAAAAGUUCAUCAAAGUUGUCCUAAGACAAGAACGGUUAUUGUUCAAAAUGCAUGUUUAACUUUGAUGAAAGGUUUUUAUCCACUUCAAAUGUUGACUACUGUAUUUCAAAGAGUGUCUAUUUCAUCACAUCAGCACCUUUUUAAUGUGAUGUAGUUUUGGUGGUCAAGACAUGAAAGAGAAAAAUAAUGUCCAGUAGAUACAGAUUCUAAAUUUGUAUUUAUAUUCAGUUUUCCACAUUCUUGGGACACAUGGGAUGGUUAAAAGCUGAUUGAUAGUAAAACAUUUUUCUUUACUGUUGUGUAAAUCAUAUGGUGAUUAAAAAACACACAAAAUA